AUGUCUGCCACAGCCACCGAGACGCGAGAGCUUCUGCACGACUACGACAUCCAUCUCACGGCUGGAAACCAAGAGAUCAACAGCGUCACCAGCACCGACAGAUUCCGCAGCUCCGGCGAUGCACCGCGCGUCCAGGUCGAGAACCCGCCCAACUGGAGAAACGACUACCGCCAGACGCCUCCCUACCGACCGGCCAACCGCGGGCUCGACCUCUCGCAGCGACCGUGGGGGACCAACCUGAUAGAGCAGGGCUUCAUCUUCCACAUGUUUGAAGGAGUUGUGAUUCAAGCCACUGCGAACUGGCUGUGGAGGAAGACCAUUGGACGGUACAAUGAAUCUCUUUGGCGGGCGCAGGUUGGAGGAGAGUUUUGA